GCCAAAGCUUAGCCACCUAUUUAAAGGCUGAGGCCUGUCCACUUCGGCAGCAAACUUACCAAUAUAUAGAGUGAAGAAGAACAGAUUCAGGUAGAGAAACGCAAUAGCUCGUCCCAGGGAAGAGCAACUAGAAGGAGAAUACCAUAGUGGUCGGGUUUUAUCACUCUGUGAAGUAACUACCCCAACUCUAUUGUGUCAGCAAUGGGGCUAGCAGUGGUCGUUCUCGUGUUCAUCGCCGCAGGACAGCAGGGCGGUGUUAGAGCUGGCGAGCUGUUCAACCACUUCAAAUGUAGCAGUGGGAGCGGGAGCGGCUGUUUACAAGCGGACAAGCAGAACGACGUAGCCAAGCUUCCGCUUGCGUCGGGACCCUUUCCGGUCGGUCUUAACAACCACAACAACAACGACAACAACAAUCUCCAAGCGGCGUUAGUCAGAACAGCCAACAGCAAAACCGCGGGCGUCGACGCGGACUCUGUGGUCAGUCAGGGAGAGGUUGUGGAUCUGGCGCACAGCAAUGCCGCUGGUGCUACCGUUUCCAACCAUCGGCCGCUGCUAGAAAAAAACGCCGUCCCACUAACUUCAGCCAAAGAAGAACAGGCUGCGCGUGACUUUGGUUAUUUGCAGGCCGAGAGUCUCGAGGCCAGGGUUAUUGUCGGGUCCGCUAUCACCGUCGAGUCGACUAGGGAAAAAACGGUAGCGUCAAACAAACGAAUCACGGAAUAUGUUACAAAUGUGCCACCAAACAUGAUCAUUGUGUAUCAUUAUCACAAAAAGCGCUCGCCUUUGGUUUUACCGAGAAUUCCCGAUGACACAGUUUCUUUUAGCCACGUUGUGUAAUUGUCGCCAUAGUAGAUGUAUAUGCACUGUAGGUAUAUUGUGAAGUUUCAAGAGAGUUAACUUCAAUGGUGACUCGUGUCACUUGCCAUUAUACUAUAUUAUAUUGAUGUCUUGAUUUCGUGCCGUAGAGCAAUACAACCGCUGUAUUUAGACACGACGUGAGUAAUAGCCAUUACGCGCGCUGCACGUUCUUAGCAGCCUAAGCAAAUGCGCUUAAGGGGAAAAUGAUCUCGGUUUCGGUGUACCGCUACACAGCACUGUAUUGUCAGACGGGUAGAACGUCAUAUCUAUAACAUAUGACUAUAGCCACGUCAAAGAUCUAAAUGAAUACUACUUGUACUUUUUUUUUUAACUAGUUCUUUUUGACUCGAUUGGCCUUUAAUCGGGCCGCUGAUUGAAUCUGCCGAUUACCGUCUAUUGCCCCGUAACUGCUAUUAGAAAGAUUGUGACCGGCGAUGAUGCGUAUUUAUGCUUCUAGUAGUAAGUAUAGCUAUAUUGGUGAAAUUAAAAAUUAUUCUCUUUAGUAACGGGGCAAAGUCAACUGAGCAGAAUGUACAUACUUAUAUAUAUCUAUCUCCUUUUUAAAUGGCGGAGACUCCAGGAAGAAGUCUUUUCACUGCACUUUGGAAGAGAUUUCAUAAAACUGUAAGAACGCUAGACAGAUGAUGAUAUUUAGAUUUAUGUAAGUAUCGCAUUAACUAGUCGCUUAAUAACAAGUAAGUAAUAGGGACUGUGACUUAGUACUUUACACCAGGUGUGAUGAUUCUCAUUGGUUAUUUCUGAUUUGUAACGUACAAAAAAUGCGUUCACCAAAAAUUCAGCCCUCCUAGGGACUAUUAUAUGCACAUAUACACGGUGCUACUUAAGUUCGUGGAAGAAUACGACGUCGAGUACCACGUGUUUUUGCCUCUUACAAAAACCUCGGCCCGUUGUAAACAGCAGAACAAGAUAGGCUUACUACUCAUUUUAAAAAUAGGAUCUUCAUAAACACAAGUGCCCUCAUAUCAUACACAAGAUCAUGAAUAUAACGAUAACUAGUGUAGUAUCUUACUGGGGGGGACAAUUCAAAUUCAAGUUUAGCGGUGAAGCUAUAACGUUUAAAUAUAUUGAGUUUUAAGCAUAAUUGCAAAGAAUCGAAUUCGUUGCUCGUAAUAGAUUUAGUAUUAACUAUACGAGCUGGAUAUCGUAAUUGGAGGUAAAAUGAAAGUAGCUUUUCUUCUUCUUUACUAUGACCGGAAAAACAGCGAAACUUCUUAGGUUAACUAUACAUAUUCCGAACACGCGUAGGUAGAUCGCAAACACACUUCUUUCAGCAAUGCCACGAUUUCGUCCAGCAAUUUUUAUUCUAUCGAAAGGUUCUUCUGCUACAUGAAUUGUACCAUUUCGUUAUGGCAGUCGUAACCUGUGCGCGACCGUUUUCGUAAGCCAUGAACAGGUCGAUGUGUGAAAAGGGGAAAUCUACAAGCACGAGCUCAGUCGUAACCUACAGUAAAAAACAAGUUGGAAAAAUAAACUGAAAGGUUAAAAAAAUACGUUUCUCAGUAAUUUGAGGGUUGAAGUUGACAGCUUAUGCUUAAUACCUGCACACAUACCUUCCAGUGCUUCUUCUACUCAACCAUCGCUUGUUUCAUUAGUUAGCUGUGAAAAUAAUAGAGAAUAAAAAGUAAAAGGUAUGUUGACCUGGUCCCCGCGCCAUAUUUUGUUGUGGUAACAAAAU